CAGGCACAGAGGAAAUCAGGACACUGGGAAGUGAUACCCACAGUGGAAACGGCUAGGUGGUAGAAGAAUAAGAAGCGCUAGAAGGAUAAGUGUUUUCUGUCAGACAACGCACGUUGAGCCGAAGGAGAUGACGGAAUGGAUUCUGCAAGCGGCGAUGGAGUUGUCGAUCGCGAUUCUUCGAUAGUGCUUCUGAAUUUGCUUCAGAUCUGUGAUAGCUCAUUUCCAAUCGGUGGAUUCACACACAGUGGAGGACUGGAGUCCUCCUGGAGACGGGGCGCUGUUCCAGAUUUGGAAGCUCUUCGAUUAUUUCUCAAAACGACCAUACUCGCCACCUGUUCCCAGCAAGUCCCGUACAUGAAAACGGCUCACCUCACUGCUUCGACAGCCGCAGAGAAGGCCCUCGGCUCGAACACCGAUACCGAAGAGUCCGUCGGGGAUCUCGAGGCCGAAGUCUGCAAAAUUCUCGAAGUGGACAACCUCCUCAGCGUGAGCAUGAACAAUCACGUCGCAAAGCGCGCGUCCACUCAGCAGGGGAAAAGUCUACUCUCCCUGGCGCUGGAGAUGCUCCCGAGACGGCAGCGCCCGCUACUCUCUCGACUCCUAGAUGCCAAGAAUCGGGGUGUUUUCGAGGGGAAUUUGGCGGUGGUCUUCGGUGUGCUCUGCGCUUCUCUGCAUAUCGGUCUCGGAGAAAGUCUGAACGCUUUCACAUUCUCAACUCUACGAAAUUCGGUCGCCGCUGCCGUUCGUCUGGGGCGAGCCGGACCCGUCCAAGCUCAAAUUCUACAGAGAGAACUGUUACCGUUCUGUUGCAAAAUGGUUUCCCGAUACCAGGACACAGAAUGCGGGGACGACCAUCAGAGCGAUCCCGUGCUAGACGUUCUCCAGGGCGCCCAGGAUAGACUGUUCACAAAAAUGUUCUAUUCUUGACGCUUGCCAAGUAUAUCACGCUGCGUUGGGUGGUGGAACUUCGCAGCUCUGACAAAGAUUGGAUUUUUUCAACUUUAUGCAGAAGUCGUCAAUGCUCAGUAUUCCUAUCAUGUAUGGGGGUUUCCUCCCUCUCGACCCAUUGCCUCGGAGGGAUAUGAAACUGCAAUCGUUUCGGG